AUGGCGCUCCUACUUGCGGAACGAGGGGCCGGGAGUGGUGGGACAAAGGAGAACUUAGGACUGGCCAAGGCCGAAAACCAAGUAGUUCGCCGCCUGAUCGCCUCAUUAAUCCUACUCUUCGUCUUGGCCAGCGCCGUGUGCUUCAUCGCCUGGCUCAUGUUCCAUCCCCACCCUCCCGUUUUCUGGGUCAACUCUCUCGCCGUGUCCAGCUUCAACAUCUCGAGCCCCCGGUUCGCCCCGAGACACGACCUCGAGCUCGUCAUCACGAACCCGAACAAGAAGAUAGCGUUCUUCAUCGACCAUUUUAGCCUGCUCGUUUCCUACAGAGGGAUCCCGCUCCACAGGAGGGUCAUGAAGCCGACGGACCCCGUAGAGAUACCAGGCCACCGGAGUUCGCGGAUCAGGUACGAGUUGGACAAGGAGAAGCUGAACGACAAGAAGAAAAGGAAGGUGCUUAGGGACAUGGAAGGGGAUUGGAGCAAAGGGGUGGUGAGCUUCGAGGUGAAGGUGAAUGUGAGGGUGGAGUUCAGAGCUGGGACGUGGCUGAGCAGGCAGAGGUUGGUGGAGGCCUCUUGUAAGGAUUUGAGCGUUGAGUUUUUGCCUGCCAAAGACACGGGGAAGCUCCCUGACGGAGGGAGGAUUUGCUCGGUCGAUUACCAUUUUAGGGUCUCUCUGAUUUCCUUCUCUAGAGGCCCAUUAUGGUUAGUGGUGGCAGUUCAUUGA